AUGCUCUCUGCAUUGACCUUUCCAAACUUUAUCGGUGGCGUUUGUGAUAGUAACAGUUCUUCUACUUCUUCAUCAAGGAUGGACUGUGAUUAUCAUUCAACACCAAAAGAGAAACGUCGACCAUGGCUAGACGAAAUACCUGAAGAAACCGUUGCUGCCACCACCACUGUUACUGCGAAUGUUUUUGCAAGCCUAUCCAAUAACAAUUUUCCACCGUCACCGCUCAUGGGUUUAACCGAUGUUAAUCGACAACAACUCUAUUCAACGCCGCAAAUUCGUAUUGUCAAUAAUCCAUUCGAUCCGCCAUCGUCGAGUCAUCUUAAAGAAAGAUUAGCAAGUCCGUCAAUAUUUAAGCAAGACUUAAAUAACGACAACAAAGAGAACACUGUAUAUCAGUUGCCAGCUGAAAAACGUGCUGUAAUCAAUCCAGUUAAUAUCAGUGAAAAUAUUGUACAGAUAGAUGCAACGAUACUUAAUGAAAAUUUACAACAACGUUAUCAACAGGCAGCUGGCGAAUUUUGUCAUCGUCACUUACAUUUACCCACACCAGCUCAACCGCCACCAGCAACAUUUUUUAUUAAUAAUACAACGUCUGAUCGUUAUGGUUAUUCUACCGCUACAUUGAAUGUCAGUCCAUGGUUUAGUUUGAAGGCGACACCAUUAAAUAGUCAAAAUUUUACAAGUCGAAUCCAAUUACCAGCUGAUUUUGAAUCAAUGAUGAUUCAAUCGUUUACGUCAAAUUCCGGUUUCACACCAUCAUCGUCAGCAGAGAAUACAACAAAUAAUGAUGAUAGUGGAAGUAAAAGUCAGAGUGGAGCACAGGUGAAUGUAUCUCUGUUAAAACGACGAUUAUUUCAAGAUAAUCUAGACGAACAACAACAAGAUAAUCAGAAUGAAAAUGGUGAUAAAACACCAGAAGAAAAUGAUGAUAAUGAUUUAAUUACUCAUGAUCCAAAUGAUUUUGAGCAUGAUUUAGAUAAGUCAUUUACGCAAGAGGAUUGGCUCAAAGGUUUAAAAGACAGUGAUAAACAUAAAAAAUGUCAUGAUUUAGAGACAAAGGAAGACCAUCAUGGAUUUAGUCCACGUGAUAAGAGUGUUUAUGCAUUAUUUCCCGGUUGCUCACCAAUUAAAAAAGAAGAUAAUUAG